AUGGCCGAGGCUAUGGAGGAAUAUGAGAAAGAGGCCGGUUGCGUCCCGAUCCUCCACCCCGAGGAAAUCAAGCCCCAGACUCACUACAACCACGGCUACAGUGAGAACGUCAGCCGCAAGAACCAUGUGGACGACUACAGUACCUGGGACAUCGUCAAAGCCACACAGUAUGGGAUCUUCGAGCGCUGCCGGGAGCUGGUGGAGGCGGGCUUCGACGUUCGGCAGCCGGACAAAGAAAACGUUACGCUCCUCCACUGGGCCGCCAUCAACAACAGGAUAGACCUAGUCAAAUACUACAUCUCAAAGGGCGCCAUCGUGGACCAGUUAGGAGGAGACCUCAACUCCACACCUCUGCACUGGGCCACCAGACAAGGCCAUCUCUCCAUGGUGGUGCAGCUCAUGAAAUAUGGCGCAGACCCGUCGCUGAUCGAUGGCGAGGGAUGCAGCUGCGUCCAUUUGGCAGCUCAGUUUGGCCACACCUCAAUUGUGGCUUACCUUAUUGCCAAGGGGCAGGAUGUGGAUAUGAUGGAUCAGAACGGCAUGACUCCUCUGAUGUGGGCGGCCUACAGAACACACAGCGUGGAUCCCACACGGCUGCUCCUGACCUUCAACGUCUCUGUCAACCUGGGGGACAAAUAUCACAAGAACACGGCGCUGCACUGGGCCGUACUGGCGGGCAACACCACCGUCAUCAGCCUGCUGCUGGACGCCAAUGCCAACGUGGAUGCGCAGAACAUCAAAGGUGAAACACCGCUGGACCUCGCCAAACAAAGGAAGAAUGUCUGGAUGAUCAACCACCUACAGGAGGCGCGGCAGGCUAAAGGCUACGACAGCCCGUCCUACCUGAAGAGACUGAAGAUGGACAAGGAGUUCAGGCAGAAAGUGAUGCUGGGAACGCCGUUCGUGGUGGUGUGGCUGGUGGGCUUCAUCGCUGACCUGGACAUCGACUCGUGGCUCAUCAAGGGCGUCAUGUACGCCGGCGUCUGGGUGGCCGUGCAGUUCCUCUCCAAGGCUUUUUUUGAUCACUCCAUGCACAGCGCUCUCCCUCUGGGAAUCUACCUGGCAACUAAGUUCUGGAUGUACGCCACCUGGUUCUACUGGUUCUGGAAUGAUCUGUCCUUCGCCACGGUCCACGUUCCCUUCCUCGUCAACUCGCUGGCUCUGUUCUACAACUUUGGAAAAUCCUGGAAGUCUGAUCCAGGAAUAAUCAAAGCAUCAGAAGAGCAAAAGAAAAAGACGAUAGUGGAGCUGGCAGAGACGGGCAGCCUGGAUCUGAGCAUAUUCUGCAGCACCUGCUUGAUACGGAAACCAGUCCGGUCCAAACACUGCGCCGUGUGCAACCGCUGCAUCGCCAAGUUUGACCACCACUGCCCCUGGGUGGGGAACUGCGUGGGAAGUGGGAAUCACCGCUACUUCAUGGGUUACCUGUUCUUCCUCCUCUGCAUGAUCUGCUGGAUGAUUUACGGCUGCAUCUCACACUGGAGGGUGCACUGUGCCACUAGCUACGCCAAGGAUGGCUUUUGGCUGUACCUGACGCAGAUCGCCUCCUGCUCGCCCUGGAUCUUCUGGAUGUUCCUCAACAGCAUCUUCCACUUGAUGUGGGUGGCAGUUCUCAUCAUGUGCCAGCUCUACCAGAUCGCUGCGUUGGGAAUCACCACCAACGAGAGGAUGAACGCGCGCAGAUACAAGCACUUUAAGGUCACGGCCACAUCCAUCGAGAGCCCCUUCAAUCACGGAUGCUUCAGAAACCUCGUCGACUUCUUCGAGAUCCGCUGCUGCGGCCUGAUCCGGCCCGUGUCGGUGGACUGGACCAAGCAGUACACAAUAGAGUACGACCAGACGUCCGGCUCAGGCUACCAGCUGGUGUAGAGGAGGAGGAGGAGGAGGAAGAGGAGGCUGCGGGGAGCGUCUGGACGUGGGGGACGGAUCCCUCCGGGAGCGCUUGCUUCUUUUUUUGCGUUUGUUCUUGGUGAAACCAUCUUGCCUUCACCGAUCAAAAAAGAAACCCACCAGGACGAGCAUGCGGUUACGGGGCGACACCACCGCCCCCACCCUCUCCACCUCCAUCUCUCCAACUAUUACUAAUACUAUUACUCUGCCACAGACCCUCCCCGACUCCUCUCCUCGCCCCGGAGCUUUUGGACGGUUUGCUGCUGCCAAACAUCAACGGAGAGGAGAUCGGGAGAGGAGGAGGAGGUCCGUGUGAGACGGGGGAGGGGCAGCCUCCUCCCUCCCCCUCUCAAAACGUUAACGUUUCUGCUGUUGUGCAUAUCUGCCGGGUCCGGGGAACAGAGGUGCGGCGGGAAGAAGGGAAUGUCUUUGUAAAGGAUUUUUGCACCGUGAAGCCGUCGGCGUUUGGAGGCGGAGCCUUUUGGAGGAGCGCCGCUCCGAACAGCUCUGAACGCGGCGCCGCGUCCAACAGACAAUGUGAUGCAGUUUAUUUAUUUGAAAGCUAUUUAUAGAUAAAGUAACUAUGGUUCAUCACUUUUUACAUUUGGUUUUAGCUGAGUAGGAUUUUAUGCGCAGGACUGGCUGCCUGAGAGGGCGGGGGAGGGGGGAGGGAGGGGGUAUUUAUUCAGCAGAGCCUCAUUCCACGUCUGCAGAAGCUGUAAAGUCUUAUUUUUGUUUGGUGUCUGACAUUGCACUGAUGGUUUUGGUCAGAGAGAGGAGGCCGCUUGUACAUAGAGACGCGUUUGGAGGUUCCUUCAUCAGUGUUAGUCCACAGUGUUUUUAUUGGGAUGGAAACAGGAAGGAAGUGGAGUGACUUUCGUCUGUACGUUUGUAGCUUUUAGUGACGUCUAUAGGCAUUUUAACCCCGACAUUUCCUCCCCCCUCCCCCGCCGACAAACUCAACUGCAUGUGUGAUGCUCGGGACCUCUGGUUGCCACGGCGACGGCUAGCCACCUGUCUGUAUAUAGUGAAUGUUAUGUAUUUACCAGAACUUUUUUGUUGGGUUUGUGUUUUUACGGGGGGCGGUCCUUCAGGUUGCCAGGUUUGACGGCUUACAUCCCAGUGUGUCCACAUAUUUCAACGUCGUUUCUUUCCCCUCAUUUCCGGGUCAAACAUGGCUGGCUUUGUUUCACCACUGGAUGUAAAAACUGUAAAGCAAGCAUUCUUCAGACCUGCAGUUUUAUGUUUAAUGUUUGUUCUUUUUUUCUAUGAGUGGAAAUGUGCUCAUGCAAUAGAUUUAGGGACAGGAGGUUCAAUCACCUAACUUCUGCGGGUUCUCUCUAACUGGUGACGACUGUUUCAUAUCAGCUUUCUUACAGAGAAGUCCACGUCAGACGUCUGGGCCGCACCGGUUCUUCCAGCAGUUUGAGCCCCCCCCCAUGUGAGGAAGAAAAGGAAAGCACAUAAUCAUGUCCAGUGCCUCUCUGCCCACCUUCAGACACCACUGUAACUCCACUUCAGAUGUAAACUUAUGGGCAUGGUUCAGUUUUAAUAAUAAAUACUCAAAUAGUCCAAA